AUGAUUGUGAUAUCAGUCUUGUAUUGGACAUUGAGUCCUCCGAAACAAGUCGUGCUAUUAUUGUUCAUUGCUGCGAGUUUUGCUCCCGCCGCCAUAUGGGCGGGUGCCAUUACCCCAUUGAUCACAAGCAUCGAAACUCAGAAGCACAUAGCAGUACCCCAGUAUACCAAUCCAACGUAUGGAAUCGUAUCUCCCAGUGGUCUGGCUAAUGAGUCGCUUGUGAAAAUCACCACCCAAGGAACUUUCACUUACCGUCCAGAACUGACCUUGCAGGGUAUCAUACUCGAUAACAUGCGCCAGGCCUCGAGUGCCAACGAACAGCCGAUCAUUCAAUCCAAAAUGGAUAACGUUAAUUACAGAUACAGAGGUCGAAGUUAUGGUGUGGGAUCUUCUGUCGGCCUCAAAACAUCGUUCGGGAGCCCUGCCCUGCAGACGUAUCAAUACGUCGAGCCUGGCCUGCUUGCUACAUCCAACUGCAUCUACAACGAGAGCUCAGCCUGUUUCUUUGAGGACUUGACCCCAGAAGGCUUCACCCUGCAAGUCUACAACGCCGUUUUCCAACAGCCUAACGCCAACGAAUCGUACUACAUUGCAUCAGCCGGACAACGCGAUUACCAGGUCUUGACUGUCAGCGCCGCCUCUGGCAAAGGAAUCAUCUCAGACGACUGGACCUACUAUACCACAAUGAUAUCACCAGCCGGACGAAAAGGACACCAAUACGGCAUGCUACACAAAGUCCAGUGUGAAAUCAAAUACGCACCCACCAACUUUGAUGUCUUCGUCAACGCAACCAACGGUACCAUAGUCGUCACGCCAACAGGUCCCGCAGACCAAGCGCUCUUCCCAAACUACACCGACCUGACCAGAGCAGUCACACACCGAAUCUACAACAUAGGACAAUUAUUCAGCUCGACACAAUGGGGCUCACCCAUGGGCGAUGCUCUUCUCAACAACGCCCACAACGUAGCCCUUGCACAUAACGAAAGCACGCUUCGAAACGAAACAGUCCUGGAAGCAGUAUCUGCAUCGAUGGAUUCAAUGCUCGAUUCUAUGCUCGGCGCGUUAUCUGGAGCACAACUAAUGGUUCUCAACGCCAGCUCGAACGAAGACGUCAAAGUCACAUCGCAGGCUGUCAUGGUAGGCGAGAAUAUCUGGAUAUACAUCACUUCAGUCAUCAAUGCCCUUCUCACAAUCGUCUUUCUCAUCGAGGUGUUCAGGACCAGAACAUGGGAAUACAGACCAGACUUUGACUACAUGAACGUGCAGGAUCUGGUCAUAGCUACUUCGGCGGGUGGUACAGCCGUUGCAGCAUCUGUGAAUAAGCUGUCCUCGUUAGGGUCUCCCAGCAGCGUACGUAUCAGGCUUGUAGAAGAUAAGACUGGCAGGGACAUGCUAGUGCUGGCUGAAGACAUGGCCGAUGCUGAGCACAGUAACAUUGGUGGUCAGCCUAGACGUGGGCAAACUUUCCAGCUUACUACGACGAGAAGUGGAGGAUAUGAGCAGCUAUGA